UUUUCUUCCUUUCAGAUCAUGACCGUUCCAAAUGAUCCCUACACUUUUCUCUCCUGUGGCGAAGAUGGGACUGUCAGGUGGUUCGACACCCGCAUCAAGACCAGUUGCACAAAAGAAGAUUGCAAAGAUGAUAUUUUAAUUAACUGCCGCCGUGCUGCUACCUCUGUAGCUAUCUGUCCCCCAGUACCUUAUCAUCUUGCUGUUGGCUGUUCUGAUAGCUCAGUCAGAAUAUAUGAUCGGCGAAUGCUUGGAACCAGAGCGACAGGGAAUUACGCAGGUCGUGGAACUACGGGAAUGGUGGCUCGCUUUGUCCCCCCGCAUCUCAAUAACAAAUCGUGCAGAGUGACGUCGCUGUGCUACAGCGAGGACGGGCAGGAAAUCCUGGUCAGCUACUCUUCAGACUACAUCUAUCUGUUCGACCCAAAAGACGACACCGCCCGUGAACUUAAAGCCCCUUCGGCCGAAGAGAGAAGAGAAGAGCUCCGCCAGCCUCCCGUGAAACGUCUGAGACUCCGCGGCGAUUGGUCAGACACCGGACCGCGAGCACGGCCAGAGAGCGAGCGGGAGCGAGAUGGAGAACAAAGUCCAAAUGUAUCGCUGAUGCAGAGGAUGUCCGACAUGCUGUCAAGGUGGUUUGAAGAGGCGAGCGAAGUUGCCCAGAGCAACAGAGGGCGAGGGAGAUCGCGAUCAAGAGGUGGAUCCAGUCAGUCCGAUGCUUCCGCCCCUCCAACGGGCCCCCCAAGCGCCGAAUUCGAGGGGACCGAGACGACGAUGGAAGUAGACAGUCCGGCCGAACCGGGCCUUCAGGCCUCCCCGUCGACUCCGGCCCCCGGCCUGGCUCCGUCCACGUCUUCGUCCACGGAGAGCCCCCGCCCUCCAUCCACCCUGCCCUCUCCAGACCACGAAGGGAGACAGUCUCCGGAGGCUUCAGGGCAGCGUCCCUCUCAUCAGUCGGCGGAGCGGUUAAGGGCACCCGAGUUAGCUUUGCUCCGUAAGCGCCUGCAGCAGCUGAGGCUUAAGAAGGCCGAGCAGCAGAAGCAGCAAGACGGAGCCGGAGGUCCCCAGCCUCGGCCCGAGCCCCCCACCUCCGGGCGGCCUUCCCCGCGGGGCUCCUCCCGGGAACGUCAUCCUUCAGAUUCUCCUUCCUCUGUGGUUAACAAACAGCUCGGAUCCAUGUCCCUUGAUGAGCAACAGGAGAGCAGCAGUGAAAAGCUGAGCUCCAGGCCAGGCGAGCCAGUGUUAAGUUUGCACUACAGCACGGAGGGAACGACUACAAGCACGAUAAAACUAGACUUCACAGAUGAGUGGAGCAGUACAGCCUCAAGUUCCAGAGGAAGCGGCAGUCACUGCAAGCCGGAAGGUCAGGAAGAGGCCUUAAUGACGUCGCUCCCGGGGCCGUCCAACACCGAGGACAGCCAAGCAGGAGCUCCUGGAGAAUCCCUGGAGGAGGCGGCAAAGGUUGAAACUCAACAACCAGAAGUUCCAGUGCCAGCAGAUAAAAUGGCAGCCGAUUCCCCGGGAUCUGGCUCGGACGAGAGGAUGGACCCGAGUCCGGGCAGCCCCGGCGAGAUCCCCGAAGAAGCCCCUCCGAGCGGGAGCAGCGAAGAGCAGAGGGCCGGGCAGGCCGGGCCGGCGAGUGCAGCUGAACCGGAGAACCCCAGGGAAGAAGCCCAGGUGCCGAGCGAGUCCCCGGGGUCCGCUGGGAACGAAGACACGCCCACUAGGGCCUCCGCUUUCCAGGAAACGGACGACAGUGACGACGACGCGGUCCUAAUCCCGGGGGCCAGGUAUCGAGCUGGACCGGGCCACAGAUUUAAUGUCAGAGGAACAGCAGUAGGUGAUAGAAUAAUGAGACGCUCCGCCGUGGCCCGCAUUCAGGAGCUCUUCAGGAGGAGGAAAGAGAGAAAAGAGAUGGAAGAAUUGGAUACCCUGAAUAUCAGACGGCCCCUAGUAAAGAUGGUCUAUAAGGGUCAUCGCAACUCCAGGACCAUGAUCAAAGAAGCCAAUUUCUGGGGGACGAACUUCGUCAUGAGUGGUUCGGACUGCGGCCAUAUUUUCAUCUGGGACCGCCACACGGCUGAGCACUUGAUGCUCCUGGAAGCCGAUAACCACGUGGUCAACUGUUUACAGCCUCACCCGUUUGACCCAAUUCUAGCGUCAUCGGGUAUAGAUUACGACAUAAAGAUAUGGUCACCCCUGGAGGAGUCGAGGAUUUUUAAUCGCAAACUGGCAGACGAGGUUAUAACUCGCAAUGAGCUCAUGCUGGAAGAGACCAGAAACACCAUCACGGUGCCGGCCUCCUUCAUGCUGCGGAUGCUGGCCUCUCUGAAUCACAUCCGAGCGGACCGGUUGGAGGGGGACCGAUCGGAGGGCUCGGGCCAGGAGAACGAAACCGAAGACCAGGAGUGACCCGCCGUUCCCCUCUCGCACUUGGGGCGCGAUGAAAUUUGUAUAAGACGUUUUACUCUAUUUUUCCUUACAGAGCUUUAGCGCGAUCUGGCGGGUUUUGUUGUUUUUUUUCGGGGGGGGCGGGGGGAGGAUUAUCACCUAAUGUUUGUUUUGAAAAACUGCGUGCAUGACUUUGGGAGCGUGUGCAAAGGAACCUAGCGAAGGACGCCUUGAAGACGUCUUGCCGGGUCCGAGGGGUGUGCUAGGAGACGCAAAGUGCAAUAUUUCCCUGAACCCGCCGACGUGGGGGCUUGGAUCAAAAACAACUUUCAUCCUAGUGGAAACGUUGGUUCAGAGAAUUUCUAUACCUGCUAUUUGCAUGUUUGUGCUUUCUAAUUAAAAGAUUUGGUUGUUUUAAAGGUG